AUGGUAUUUUUAUCAUCAUGGCUGCCGCUGGAAGUGUUUGCAGUGGCAGGUCCAUUGGUUGUUAUCUUACUUGGCUGCAUCUCAGCUAUCAUCUUUCACAUUUGGAAAAAGUUAUUAAAGUGUAUCCAACCUGCUACUACGGAAUCAGUACCAGACGUUGAGACCGGACAUCUAACGCCGUCUGAGUCUGAACUAAAGAUCUUCAAAACCGGAUAUACGAGUCGGAUCAAGGGAAUGGAGUCUAAAGAAGAAGAAGAAGGGUUUGGUGGUGAUGAGAUUUGUUGUUGUUCAAUCUGUCUUGAAGAGUUUGAAGAUGGCCAUGAGAUUGUCAGUAUAAACAAGUGUCGACAUGUUUUUCAUCGUUUGUGUAUUGAUUCAUGGCUGAAACAGGAUCAAAGCUGCCCUAAUUGUCGAUGUUUUUUACUAGAUUUUAUUUAUACAUGA